UACUCCAUCACAGUCCGACUAUAGGAACAAAACAUGUUGAAGAUUGGAAGUCGCUCUUCUGUAAGGCUUCUUUGUUUGUUUAAGAAACAUAUGAGGCUAUUUCCAGUUUUAAAAAAAAGAGACUACAAAAAUGUAUUUUGAGACUAAAGUCAACAGAAUAAAGUGAGGUCAUUUACCUAACCAGAAAUUAUAGAUGAGGAAUGUGAUCAGGGAGAAAAAAUGUGAGAUGCCACUUAGACUAUGAAAAUAUCAGACUGGUAUCAGGAUAAUCCAGGGAAUAAAUCACAUGAAUUUUUAUCAGAAAGAACAUGUUUGCAUCGUCAACUGAUAAAACCUACGAAGCUUUUACCUGCUAACAAUAUUAAAAAGUGCUCUAGAGGAUUGAAACUUUUUACAAAUGAACUAGAUGUUUUAUCAUAUACAGUUAUUAAUCAAAGCGCAUGUUUCUGCAGCAAGGUUUUCUGAAUGUUCUGUUUGAUGAAGUGAUUAGUACUGAUUAGGUAAAGCAGACAUAGAACAAGAUCCUGACAGGCGGACAGUUGUAAAAAUUGGCAGGAGUUUAUGUUGUUUAAAACUGGUAAAAUCAUUUUGGUCAGUUGUUGUAGACAUUCUAUACCUAGAUCUACAAUAAUCACAUAUUAUAUACAUAGUGUUAUUACCUACAGAAUGUAAAUGGCAAUCUAAUAAGUAACUGGUAUUAUUAGUACUUGCUACAGUUUAUUAUAGAGACCUUCUAGCCCUGCCUUACCAUCAGUCUUCGAAGAAAAUUAUAUUAGUGAUGGAACCCAAUAUUAUAGAGGAUACUAAUGGUUUUUAUAUGGGCACAAAUGAGACCGUUAUGACAAAUGAGUAUUACGACUAUUAUGAAAAUGCUUACGCAAGUUUAUGUACAGAAACAGUUGAUGGAAAAACAGAAGAUGCUGUCAACAGUUUUCUACAAACUUAUGUGUUUCCUAUUUUACUACUGGUUGGAACUAUCGGUAACCUGAUAUCAUUACGCUGUUUACAUCAACUUAGCAUCAAUGUGUGGUCAUCUUGUUUAUAUUUAAAUGUUCUGUGUGUGGUAGAUUUGUUUGUUCUAUUUGUGGAUUGUGGUAAUCGUUGGUUUGUGAAAGUCACAGAACAAAAUCUCAGUGAUCAAAUCAUGAAGACAUCUGCAGCCAUAUGUAAGGUUUAUCCUUUCGUUUUUCAAUUCAUUCUCCAUAUUGGUCCAUGGAUAUUAGUGGCCUCUUCUGUUGAGAUGAUGAUUGCUGCACGCUAUCCGCUGCUCAUAUAUAAGAUGUGUACACGAGAGCGAGCUAAAGCUGUAAUGUUGUUAAUGACAGUGCUUCUUAUGUGUCUUAACAUGCACUACUUCUGGACACAUGGCUUGGUGACCUAUAAUGAAGGGCCAACCCAUUCGCAAACACAAUGCAUUUACAUCGAGGAAUUUUCAGAAUAUUUCCGAGACACUGUUUGGCCAUUCUUGAGUCUAGCAGUAGGUGAUGUUAUUCCACUGAUUGUUGUGUCAGCUCUUUUUUUCACAACAACAGCUGCCAUGAUGCGAGGGCGACACAAACAAAAUGAUUUAAAGAAAACUUUGGAGAAAUAUUUUAUGGAUAUCCACUCACUAAAUGAACUAAAGACAACAUUUGUUCUCAUUAGUUUGUUUUAUAUAAUAGUUAUAACUUUAAGAGUGAUACUCGUCACUGUGGAAUACCUUAUUCAGCUCAGAGCUGUAGAAAUCCCCUGUGAAGUAGCAUCGAAAGUGUAUGCAGUCAUUGGAUUACUACAUACAAUAAUAGACAUUUUGUUCUACUGUUAUAUCAGUUUUAAGAUUGUGAUUUACCUAGCAACAAGCAGACGCUUUCGUAAAGAAUUAGUUAACAUGGUUGUCAGUGUAAUAUCAGUGUGUCAAAGAAAAGACCGAAUCAAUUUAUCAACAAACAAUCUAGCAGCUAAACCGUUAAUGGAAGUUGAUCAUAUCACACCAUCAAAUCAAACUGAGGCUGGACCAUCAAAUAUCAGUACCAACGUCUGAAUUUUCUGCAAGGAAACCUAGUUAAAAUUAUAUUAUAAAAGUAGUCUAAUAAUAUUAGUUCCAUAAUUAGACUUUAUCAAGUUUAGUUCAACUACUGCACUGUCACAUAUAUUUUAAAACUAGAGAAAGUAAAAAUAAAACACCAGAUAACAAACAGUAGAAACUGCUGUCAUAUAUUUUAUAAAACUACAAUACAUUGUAAUAUUGAUUUGAUCAAGUGACAUUUAUCUAUGUACAAAAGAAAUGAAAUGAAAUGGGGUUUAAUGUCUCACUUUUCUACACAGAAUAUCUAAAUACAAGUCUGUACUGCUAGGGCAAACAUAUUUAUAUACCUAGUACAUGUAAUAGGGAAGCAUUUUAAAAUAUAAAUGGUGUAAUCAAAUCUCAAAUAACAUUUGUCUGUAGGAAAUAUUGAGAUAAAUAACAAUUUAUAUUACUGAAUUUUCCUAUUUUAAAAAUACACUACUUCAUUUAUAUCAGACUACAUUCAAAACAUGAUUCAAUUUAUUCAGAAAUAGAUCUACAUUUAAGCCUACUGUCUAAAUAAUUUACAAUCUGAUUAACUAUAAACAAUACAUUUCGGUUUUUUCCAUACACACUAAACUGAAUUUUAUAUUAUAUAAAUGAUGGUGGUGUACAUUUAAUAACUGUUAUGGAAUAUCAACAUCAACACAAUUUACAAAAAUGUCCCUUUGGUAUUUUAUAACGGGAAAGUUGGCUCCCCUGCCAGAGAAAAUAUAACAUUACAGACUUUAAUCCUGUGAGACAGCAACUAAAUCUGAACUAAAGCUACCAGUCUACAGCUAAAUCUAACCUAUAGCUAUCAGGCAUUCAAUAAUCUUACAGAUAAAGAGUACACAUCUUAUAUGAUACAUAGUUCUGAUUAAACCUUUUUAACAAUAUUCACCAAAUCUACAUCUCUAAUAUAUAUUGUAACAUGGACGGGAUAGCUUCCUUUGUUUUUUUCUUUGAAUAAGAAGAUUGUUUGAAAACGUUGAGAGAAUACUCUUCGAAACGUCGCCCAAAUAAAUCAGUAAUUGUUCUUCCAUAAGUAUGUGUUAUAGUUUAUUGCUCUAUCCAGUUACUAAAUGCCUCUAAAAGAUCAUUGUUUUUCCUCUAGUAGAUUGAGUGGAGCUUAACCGUGCAAUAACUAGACAUGUUCAAUGUCAUUGCACUCUUUUGCUGGUUUACACUAGUUUUUAAUAGAAAUCAUAUAGAGAAAUGGGGUGGGUUUUCUGUGCAAUAACAACAAGCAUGUUGAGCAGGUGUCAAUGUUACAAGUCAUUUAUAGCACGUUUCAUUCGUCAACAGGUUUAACAUUUCGACCUAUGGUCUCGAUGUUUAAACCUGUCGAGAUGUUAAACCUGUUAACGAAUGAAAGCUGUGCUAUAAAUAUAACUUGUGAGGACAGUAUCACACAUAACAAAUACAGCAUUAGGACAAAUUAAUCCACAAUAGAGGCUAGACAAAAUACAGAUACUGAAAGCUAUAAGAAAACUAAUGAGUCAAGCAAAUGUAUCUGAUGCCUCACCAUAUGAUGCACAUUUGAUAAAAUAUUUUCAGUAUUUCUAUGUAAUGUUCUAUUGUGGAAUGUUUUAUAAUGUCUUGUAGAAGUAACAGAAUAAUAUGUACAUUUGUAAACAUUAUAUUGUAAGCUUAUAUAACACAAUAAACUAUACUGUUUUU